AUGACCACGAGGCAUGCUGCAAAGAAAGGGCGCCCAAAUGGAACGCCUUCCAUCAACGGCUCAGCCGAAGAUAACGACAGUCGCCGAGAAUCUCUAGACGGCGUACGCCCUACGACUGCACAGAGUCUUGGCAGUCAAUCUUCGCCCAAAGGAAGGCGCAUCUCUGGCGAGUCGGCCAACAGUACUUCAGACGUCAAUAUGUCCUUCAGCUCCCAUAGAUCUGCGAACAAGAAGGUUUCUAGAGAUUUCUCCGAUCACUCGGAAUCUCCCAUCCAGCAAACUGGUCCGCAGACUUCCCAGUCGCCAAGCAGGAAACGGAAACGCACAUAUUCUACUCCUUCUAUUCCACAUGAAGCAGCAACAAUCGCCAAGCCUGCGAUCUUAUUGCACGGAACGGACGAAGAUCUGAACACUUACAAAGACGUGCUCGUGGUGGCGCCGCAAGAAGACCAAAUGUCCGAUCAAGAAUCCGCAGGUAGCUCUAGCGGGCAAGAUGCCGUCGGCUAUUUGGCAGCGACACAGUCCACAGAGAUCACGCCUGCCGCGACACCUCUUGAUUCAGAGCCGGUGUCCCCUGUAUCCGAGGAGACAAAUCCGACCCCGAGGUACCCGGGCAAGCAUUUAGACAGUAUCAUGCUUGAUGCUGGAAACCCUGCCGAGGAAGAGGACAUGGACGAAAUGGAUGAAGACGAUGUGGCGAACGUUGGAGAGGACGGAGACGAUCUAGCAGAUGCAGAAGAUGAUGAUGACCUUCCGACGACCGGUCCUCGACGUCGGAUGACAGGGAGACGACGAGCAGAUCAUCACGAGAUCGACAUUGAGGCUACCAUGCGACGGCAGGCGCAGCUCAAGUCUGCAUACCGAGCCAUAGCCCGUGCACUGAAACCUCUGUUAGCAGAGAUCGCAUCCAAGACGGUAGAUGAACUGGAGGCUAAUCCGGCGUUACAUCAAGAAGUGAACGAGUACGAAGGCACAGAGGAGUAUGAAGGGGUCAGGAAGCUCCUGGACGAGGCACUCGAACACCGCAAACGGCAACUCGACGCACAACUUGAGUACAACCGUAAACAAAUAUGGCAAAGGUUGCAGGGAGAGAGACACGCAUGCAGCAAGACCCUUGAGUAUGAGGUUGAGAAUAUGCGACAGAAACGCGUGGACGAAGGAGAGUACGAGCUACUGCAAAUUGCGCGAUACGUGCAGCUUGAGCAGAACCGAGAGCAGGAGGUUACCGAUGACGAAGAUGGGGAUGUACUGCCCAGGCCUCAGCAGACAGGAUACCGAUUUGCAAGGACUGGUCCGCUCGACCCACGACACGAAUCGAGAAGUCGGCUUGCGCUCGAUACGGAGAAAGCAAUCGCGGACAUGCAACAACGUUUCGAAAUGCAUAAGAUGCUACAAGACGCCAUGCAGAACGAGGAUUCUCAAGACACCGGAAGCUUCACCGUGAUGGACAGCACUGCUCGAGAAGCUGCUCUUGCUAAGCGUGAGAGCAUUCGAAACACCAACAUUCUCGCAGACGCUGCCACCGAGGUCGAUCGAAUCUCGAACAUUCCAGUCAUUCCGAAUGAAGAGGCUGUUGGUCUGCAGCUAUUGGGUGACCUUGCCUCAAGACCGUCCGUGAGAGCAGCUGUCCCACAUCCUGCAACCCCACGUCGACUGGACCAACCAUUUGUGCCAUUGCAUGAGCAAAAUCACAUGCCACCACCAAGUGCUGUGCUAGGACCGCCGCCAUUUGCGUUGCGCCAUCAGCCGCCUCCGCAAAUGUCUCCUGGCACGGUACAAUUCAUCGAACGUUCCAUACCAUACUCGCCUCGAAGAUUUGCUAGUAUGGAUGGGCACUCCGAGAGGCCUCCAUGGGAACCUUCACUCAUGUCACCAACGUCGAGCAGCGAGAACCGUCUGAGUACGUUCCCUGCACUGGCUUCGCUACUGCAGUCUCCAAGCCUUAAUCUGCCUGGAAGACGAGAUUCAGUCCCACGUCAACAUCACAGACACGCUCCUCACGAGUUCCAGCACCAACGCCAUUCCUCUCAUGAUAUGGCACAACACCAAAUAUUGACUCCUCGUGGAUCCAUUGGCGGCCUGCUGUCAGAUCUAGAUCGAUCGGAGCCUUCUCUGCCUGGCGCACAAGGCAGGGAGGACGCUUCGUGGGACAAAUACCACCGACCAAUGAGCAGAGACGUCGAAGCACGGCCAUUUCCGCGUAUCGAACGCGCAGUUCAUGAGUUUUCGAGAGCUGGUCCCCUGAGUAUCGAACGUCUUGCACCGCCGCAGGAGGCAGAGCGGGUCGAGGAGACAAGGAUCGAGACCCCUGCACACGAGAUCGAGGCAAGACGAGUGAAGCGUGACGAGGUGUCCGAACCGAGACCAGAAGACGAAGUCGGUAUCGAAGCUGACGCUGAGACGGAGCUGAAAGAAGAAGAAGAAGUACAAGGCGUCAAGUCCGCGUCUCCUGUGCUGGGUCGACAACCUGCCCUACGUGACAGAUCCUCGGAACAACCCAGCAGCGAAGGAGCAAUAGAUCCGAGACUGCUGAAAGAUGAUGAGUCGAGAAUGUCCAGGGCCUCUCGGGCAUUGAGUGAAGAUACUCAGCUCCGGAAGCCGCGAUCAAGGGCGUCAUCCCUAGGCCAAUCAACGACGACUGAUGUCAGCGGAAGUCAAGACGGUGAUCGUGGUCUGCGUCGACAGACCAAAGACGGGCCUCUCCAUCAUGGCAAGACCAGCAAAGCGGAACGUAAUGGCCUGUCGAGGAGAGCCCACAAAGAAACAAAACGAACGCAAAACAAGCGUGCAAGUAAUACUAUGCGAGCUGGGACCGAAGGCGGAAGUAAGAUGUUUCGUUUCCGCCUCAACACGAUGGAAAGCACUAAGACCAACCCUUUCUCUUCUCGGGCACCGACUGGCACACCUCACACAUCUCAGCAUACUGCGGAAACUCCAUAUGCGCCACUACCUUCAUACGUUCAGCAGCCACCAUCCUCGGGGUUCUCAGCACCAUACGGGCCCAAUCCGCCCCCUCAAUAUCAACCCGAGCCUUACUACCAUCGUAAUAGCUUGCCGGGUGCGGGCCCGCCUCCUCAGGGUCCCUGGUCACAUCCCCAUUACGGCCCAGGCUAUCCCAACACACAAGUUCCACCGCCCUUAGGACCUCGGCCAGACAAUUGGCCGGCUGGAGCCCCGCCUCCUCCUACUCCGUCGCAGGCCAGUGCACCACCCAACCCGCCACCAUUUGGCUCGCAAUAUGGUGGACCUGCGAUUGCACCUGCCACAUCUGAUUCACGCUAUCCUUUUGGUACGGGCCCUCCCGGUGGCAAUCACUUACCUGCUUUCGCUCAACAACAGAGAAAUUCGGAAGGGGGAGGAGGCAGCAGACGACGAACUCAGAGUGACGCUCCUCGUCAAACGAAGUUCCACCAUUAUGCUGGGCCUCGAAAUCGGUAGUCCCACCCGUGCUUAACGGAGUCAUAUCAACACUUACAACAAGAACACACGUAAUGCAUGGAGAGCAGGAUAAUGGACAUUGUCAUUGGGAAGGUAUUUUCCUGCAAAUGCUGUAAUUAUAUUUAGGGAGUCACCAGACCAUUGUAGAAGUAACUUGGCGCAAAGGUAAUCAC